AUGAGUACCAAAGCCGAAGGGCAGGUCGAGCACAUCGACCACUGUGACGAGGUGUUGAAGCCGACUCCUCAGUAUGAUAAGUUUGGCUCCGCCGCCAAAACCGAUCCCAGAGAGAUUGCUCUCGUGAAAAAGAUUGAUCUAUACAUGAUGCCCAUUCUGUGGCUGAUGUACUUUCUCAACUUCCUCGACCGAAACGCCAUGGUCAAUGGCAAGCUCAACAACCUGUCCAAAGACCUGCAUCUGCACGGAACGCAGUACAAUACCUGUGUCAGCAUUCUCUUUGUCGGUUACCUCUUAGGCCAGGUCCCGUCCAACAUGCUCCUCAACCGUGUCCGGCCAUCGUGGUACAUGGCCGGGUUCAUGAUCGGGUGGGCAAUUAUCUCUACACUCACCUGCCUUGUCAAAGACUACCACAGCAUGCUCGUUUGUCGGCUCUUGCUUGGGAUCGUCGAGGCCCCGUUCUACCCGGGGGCGCUCUUCAUGAUCAGUCUGUUCUAUAACCGCAAAGAAGCCACCACCCGCAUGGCCGUCCUAUACACAGGAAAUAUGCUGGCAAGUUCAUUCUCCGGACUCAUCGCCGCGGGCGUCUUUGCCGGACUAGACGGCGUCCACGGCCUGGCCGGCUGGAGAUGGUUGUUUCUCAUCCAAGGCGUGGCCACGUUCGCCGUGGCCAUUGCCGCGUUCUUCCUGCUUCCCGACUCGCCGCUGAAGACCCGGUGGCUGAGCCCAGAAGAGCGCCAGAUGGCAUACGACCGGAUCGCCCGCGACACCACGCAGAAAGAGAACCGCACGAGCACAUGGAAGGGUCUCCGCGAAGCAUGCACCGACUACCGCACCUGGCUCUUUGCCCUCCAGUGCAAUCUCCAUCUGUCCGCCAACGGCUUCAAGAACUUUAUGCCAACCGUCGUCAAAACCCUCGGGUUCAACUCCACCAUCACCCUCGUCCUCACCUGCCCCCUUACCUGGUCGCCACAUUCGCCUCCCACCCUCAACAUCGCAGCCCGCUACUUCGCCAUGAUCCUGUUCGUGGGUGCCACAUACGGCGUCAACAACAUCAACCUCGCCUGGACGGCAGCGACGCUGGGACAAACCGACGAGAAGAAGGCCGUGGCGAUUGCCAUCACCAACACAUUGGGGAAUCUGGCGAGCGUGUACACGCCCUAUCUGUGGCCGGAUUCGGAUGCGCCGCGCUUCUCCAAGGCCAUGUAUUGCAGCAUUGGGUUCUCGGCGGGUGUGAUUGCGACUGCCUGGCUGCUGCGGUGGAUCCUCAUGCGGGCGAACCGGCGCAUCCGGGCUAUGGACUCGGAAGCGAUCAAUUUUUAUGCUUAUUAG